GGCGGCGGUCACGUGAUCAGGGCCAACAUGGCCACCGCCGCCGCUGGGAGCUGAAGUGCCGCCGCCGCCGGGCAGCCGGGGGGAAUCCGCUCGCAUCGCCGCCCUCGCCGGCCGGGCGGCCGCGGGGCCCGGAGCGCCGGAAGCCGGGGCUGGGACGGCACCGCGCGGCGGCCCCGGGGUCCCGUUAGAGCAGCCCCCGGCGGCUAUGCCGAGGGCCCGGAGCGGCCGGCGGAGCAGGGGGGCCGGCGGGAGGGAGGAAGUAGACCUUCCUGCGAGUGCGAGCCAACCGGCAGACCCGGCUGAAUGCUCGGAUUGGGAAAAUGAAACGGAGGAAGCAAGAUGAAGGGCAGGUAUGUCCCCUGUGCAGCCGCCCCCUGGCAGGAUCGGAGCAGGAGAUGAGUAGGCAUGUGGAGCAUUGCCUUUCUAAGAGGGAAGGCUCCUGCAUGGCUGAGGAGGAUGCUGUGGACAUCGAGCAUGAGAACAGCAACCGCUUUGAGGAGUAUGAGUGGUGCGGGCAGAAACGGAUACGGGCCACCACUCUCCUGGAAGGUGGUUUCCGAGGCUCUGGCUUCGUCAUGUGCAGCGGCAAAGAGAAUCCGGACAGUGAUGCUGACUUGGAUGUGGAUGGGGAUGACACUCUGGAGUAUGGGAAGCCACAAUACACGGAGGCUGACGUCAUCCCCUGCACAGGCGAGGAGCCUGGUGAAGCCAAGGAGAGAGAGGCGCUCCGGGGUGCAGUCCUAAAUGGCGGCCCUCCCAGCACGCGCAUCACACCUGAGUUCUCUAAAUGGGCCAGUGAUGAGAUGCCAUCUACCAGCAACGGGGAGAGCAGCAAGCAGGAGGCCAUGCAGAAGACAUGCAAGAAUAGUGACAUCGAAAAAAUAACCGAAGAUUCAGCUGUGACCACAUUUGAGGCCCUGAAGGCUCGGGUCAGGGAACUUGAACGGCAGCUAUCCCGUGGGGACCGCUACAAAUGCCUCAUCUGCAUGGACUCAUACUCGAUGCCCCUAACGUCCAUCCAGUGUUGGCAUGUGCACUGCGAGGAGUGCUGGCUGCGGACCCUGGGUGCCAAGAAGCUGUGCCCUCAGUGCAACACCAUCACAGCACCCGGAGACCUGCGGAGAAUCUACUUGUGAGCUAGCCACCCCAGGCAGGCCUUGCCUGAAGCAGCCCCACCUGCCGCCUCUGUGAUGUGACCCUAACCCUUGUACAUACUUGCACACAGGUUCCCCAUGUACAUACAUGUACACACGCACGCACACACACAGGCCUCUGGAGCCAGAGUGGAUGUAGAGGCCCAGGCCCUGCCACACUCCCACCAGGAUUGGGGACCAUACCUGUUCCAGGUUCUGUUCCCAGGGUGGGGCAGGGAGGUGUAGGUGGGGUGGGUAGCAGGGCAAGGCUCCUGAGAUCCAGCCCCCAGACCGACCGACUGACAGACAGACAGAUAGACAUGCAAACACCAGACUGAAGCACAUGUAAUAUAGACGUGUAUGUUUACAAUGUUGUGUAUAAAUGGGAUAACUCCCCCCUCGCCUCUCCCGUCCCCUUUGGUUGUAUGAUUUUCGUUUUUUAAGAACACCUGGAAGCAGUGCCUCCUUCAGGGCUGGCUGGGGGCUCGGCCCAUCCACCUCUUGGGGUGCCUGCCUCUCCCUCUCCCAUGGUGUCCCUUCCCUCUCCCAUGUGCUCGGUGUUCAGUGGUGUAUAUUUCUUCUCCCAGACAUGGGGCACAUGCCCCAAGGGACAUGAUCCUCUCCUUAGUCUUAGCUCCUGGGGCUCUUUAUAAGGAGUUGGGGGGGAGGAGGCACAAAAAUGGGAACCGAGCCACAGCAGGGGCUGAGAUUGGGGCUGGAUGAGGGUGCUCCUGGCUGCCCAGCCUUCUACCAAGAACCAGUCCUGGGAUUAGAGCUGCUGUUCCCAGGGAAGAGUGUCGUCUCCCCGCCCCUCCCGUGGGCCCAUGGUGUGAUGCUGUGUCUGUAUAUUCUAUACAAAGGUACUUGUCCUUUCCCUUUGUAAACUACAUUUGACAUGGAUUAAACCAAUAUAAACAGCU